GCGGGGGGCAGCCUGCUCGACAGGAGGCGGCGCAGCGCCGCGGGCACAGCCAGGGCUCCGGGCUGGCCCUCGGCGCCUGGUGGUGGCUCAUGGCCGGGAUCGCCGCCGCGGCCGUUGCGUUCACGGGAAUUGUUGGCGUUCGGCCUGAGGCCGCCCCGAGCGCCCCCCCCCGGGAGGUCGCCGUGAGUGCCACGCCGUCCUCGUCACCGCUGCCUGCAGGAUGCCCUUUGAGCCUGGACCGAGCCCGAGCGGCGUCGCUUGCGCGACGCGUCGGCCCGCGGGACGCACGGCCAGGCUCGCGUGAGACUCGGCUGCCGGGCGGCGCAACGGGCCACGACGCCCCGGGCGGGGAUGCCGCGGCGCAGCCGUGCAUGGACGUGUCGGGGGCGUCCAACCCCAGACCCCCUCGAG